AUGCCAUCGAUGUACAAACAUGUUUAUGCACUUAAAGAUGAACUUCAUCGUCUUCAAUCAAUGACACAUUUAACAAAAGCUGAAAAUGAAUUUUUAAUCAAAGAAAAACAAAAUGUUUUAUUUAAAUCUUUCAUUACAGUUCUUGAAGCAGUUAGUCAAAUAACACGUUCAUCUGCUCAAACACCACGUGAACGAACUUUUCAAAAAGAUUAUAGGUAA